CCAGCCCUGCCGUUAAUGACACGCCAGCCGGACCGCGCAGCAGCCGGCGCAGGGCCCGCCCCCCGCCUCCGAGCUGACGCCACUGCGACGCGCAGUGACGCCAGGGGCUGCCGUCGGCAGGGCAGGCCAGCGGGCCAGAAGCGGUGCGGGACGCCGGCGCUGUCGAAGCGCCAUCGCUGCUCUUCCGUUGCGCUUCCCGGCUCUCCGGCCUCGGCUCCUUCUCGCCUUUUCCGCCCGGUGGCCAUGGAUGCGCGCGCUCGCGCCAAGCGCUACGAGAAACUGGACUUCUUGGGGGAGGGGCAGUUUGCUACUGUCUAUAAGGCAAAGGACAAGAACACGGGGCAGAUCGUGGCUAUCAAAAAGAUUAAACUGGGACAUCGAUCAGAAGCUAAAGAUGGAAUCAACAGAACAGCUCUCAGAGAGAUAAAGUUGUUACAGGAGCUAAGCCAUCCAAAUGUUAUUGGUCUUUUAGAUGCAUUUGGACACAAAUCUAAUAUUAGCUUGGUGUUUGAUUUCAUGGAAACAGACUUAGAGGUUAUUAUAAAGGAUACUAGUAUUGUGUUAACACAGUCUCACAUCAAAGCAUAUAUGCUGAUGACGCUUCAAGGAUUAGAGUAUUUACAUCAACAAUGGAUUCUACACAGGGAUCUUAAACCAAAUAAUUUGUUGUUAGAUGAAAAUGGUGUUUUAAAAUUGGCUGACUUUGGCUUGGCAAAAUCUUUUGGAAGUCCAAACAGAGUUUACACGCACCAGGUAGUAACAAGAUGGUACCGAUCCCCAGAACUAUUGUUUGGUGCUAGAAUGUAUGGUGUCGGUGUUGAUAUGUGGGCUGUUGGUUGUAUUCUAGCCGAGUUGCUUCUCAGGGUUCCUUUUUUGCCAGGAGACUCUGAUCUUGACCAGCUGACAAGGAUUUUUGAAACACUAGGCACUCCAACAGAAGAACAGUGGCCUGGAAUGACAAAUCUUCCAGAUUACAUCACAUUUAAGUCUUUCCCUGGAAUGCCUCUUCAACAUAUCUUCAGUGCAGCUGGUGAUGAUUUGCUUAGUCUUCUACAAGGAUUAUUUACAUUUAAUCCUUGUUCUAGAGUUACAGCCACUCAGGCAUUGAAACAGAAGUAUUUCAGUAAUAGACCAGGACCCACUCCAGGAGAUCUGCUACCCAGACCCAACUGUCCGGCAGAAGCUGUAAAGGAGCAACAACACACACUUCUGAAUUUAAAAAGGAAACGAGCAGAAGGAAUAGAUCAAGGUAAAUUCUUAAUGUUUUACCUGUUUUAAAAUGGGAACUCAGAAAGCUGUACUUCCAGUAUUUCAGAACAAAAAACUCUCUGGAUAAUAUCCCUCGGUACCAGCACCAUCUGGAGCCCUUUAGGAUUUGUGUUUUAGGAUAAACACUUGAAGGUGAGAAUGGCUUAAUUCCAUGUUCUAACAGAAUUGGUACAGAAGAGGCUCUUUUAUUAUGCUUACUGAUCUGUUAAUUAGAAGAAAUCUCUAAUAGCAUUUAUCUUUUAAUGGAGUGUGGUAUUAUCUACUAAAUUAGAGGCUGUCAGACUUUUUUCUUGUUUCUCAAAUGAACAAAAAAACUUAGUUAAUGAACUUUACAUCACUUAAAAAAAAAGGGAGGAAUAAGAAAGAGAAAUAUGGUAUUUCUUUCUUUUAGGUGACAGAUUAGAGAAUGUAAAUCAGAUUUAAAGAGAUUUCUGCUAUCUCCUUUGGACUAAGCAAGCUAAGUGUUGAGACCACUCUGGGUGAGGAAGAUCUCAGUACAUUACAUCAGUCCUUUUAAGAAGCAAGCCUAUCCCCUAACAUUUAAAAACCUCCAGUUUUCCUCAGACAGUAGCGCAUACUUCAUACCUUCAUAGCAAGAAAAGCUUUGUGGACUCAACAGCUGUAUCUGCCACUUAACCUAGUCAGCCCUUCUAGCAGGGAGGCAAACGUUAGUUCUUCAGCUUGGAGUUUGUCAUCUUGGCAGCAGGAAUUUGCUAGAUAGUAGCAAUUAGGUUAGGCUAAUGGUUAGAUAGUAGGUUAAUACCAGUUUUGUUUUUACCAGGAUGAGGCUGUUUCAAUACAAGAGUGUGAUAUCUUGCUGGAAUGGAGAUGCUUCUAUGAAAAUGCAUUUCCUAGUGAGCUGAGAUGGACAACUAAAUUAUUAAUGUUCAUCUUACUGUUUAAGCACUUUGACCUAUUGUGUUUUAGACUCUGUCAAAUUACAAGUAAAAUGCAUUAGUUCAUUAGCUUAAUUUUUCUUUGAAAUUAGAAUCUUUAAUCUGUUAACUGUUUGCAUGCUCUUUGCUGACUUCAGUACCAUGGGUCAGCUGACAUGUGAGAACUUGUCAAGUACUGUAGGUAAUUAAUUUAAGUCUUCUCUCCAGCAUCAUCAUGUGUUUGCGAUUAGUGUUUUGAGGUCCGUGUCACUAGAAUAUACCAAUUAGCUGAAGAACAGGAAAGGGGAAGAAAUGCUUCUGAGUUUUGUAGCAUAACCAUUUGAAAUUUUGUAUUUGACAAUGAGCAGAGUUUCCAGAGCUGUAUCAUAACUACACCAUUAAUUACUUUAACAUCACAAAACUGAGAAUAUAGAAGAUACGACAAUCAUCUCUUUCCUAAGUUAACGUAGAUCUGAGAUUAGGCAGGUUUCCUGUGCUAUUCUGCACUGGUUUGAAAAAAAAUCAGCCUAUUAAUAUCUAAAGUUAGAAGCUUCUAUAAUUCGGGCAUUUGCUUAAGGUUUGUGGGAAUGGUUUGAGGACACUUGUUUAUAGGACAUGUAAAAAUUGUUGGAUCCUUCUACAGAAUACUUUGUAUCCAUUCCAGAAGGCAGCUAUGCUUUAUUCUAUCAACAUUACAAAUCAGCAGUACAUGAAUAAAUUAGAGGACAAGAGGUACAUUAGUAUCAGAAAAGUGCUGCUGCCCUCAUUUCUGCAGUUGAUGCUAACAGAAGCAUGGUUGUAGAAUGAGUCUCAGACUUUAAGGGCUGUUACCUCCUGCAGACAGUUGUGCUGGCUAGUGACAGCAUGUGAAAAAGAUCAUUGAGUGUAUGUGUGAUAAGGCAGGGCAGUCUUAGAAUAGCUUGCCUUUCUUAGGCUUAAAUGUAGAAUUAACUGGCUAACUUUUCCAACAAAGAGAAAUACUGAAGUGUAUCCUAAAGGCAAUUAAUAAUUACAGAAUUUGGUUCUCAUUUGGAGUAUACCUACUGAUGCAAGUCAGCUUGGAUUCUAGCACUCUCCCGUAGAUUUACUGAAAAUAGUUCUGUACUGUUGCUGCAGCAAACAGCAUUAACCGUCUCUGGAUGGAUCUGAACAAUAGUACUAAAUGAGCCCAAAGCCUUGAGGAGGGGUUUCAACCCCUUUACUGUGGUAACAAUGUGAUUUACACUUUUCAGGGUUACCAAAAAAAUUGAUUUUUUGAUUGCUGUGGAUGGUGGAUGAAAAUGAGAGAUCAAAUGACCUGAGUCCCAACCCUGAAAAACGCUGUAAUAGUCACUGGAUGGUUAUUUUUCGAAUGUUUUAAUAUGUAAAAUGUUAAUGUAAUAUUUUAUUACUAAAACUGAGGGGGGUUUUUUAUUUUUUUUUAAUAAAAUAUUGUUUAAACAAAA